CCCCCCCCCAUUGCCUCAGCCCGAGUGCGAGAGAUCCACUGACAACUCACCGUAGAGCAGAGCUGCCCUUCACGACGCUCAAAAAAACCUCAACAACAAAAGGUCUCUUCUCCUUUGCUGGAGCAAGUUUCUCUCACUCUGCGACUUCCCCCUUCCAAAGAAAUCCAACCCUCCACACCCUCGUUGCCCCCCCACAACGACAGCCCCAAAAAGUAGCUUCGACAGCACUUUCCCCCGGCGCGUCCGUCACCACCACCAUCACAUCCACCCUCGAGACACCAACAUCAAUCCCCACGAUGUCUCGAUUCUCUUCCCGCUGCUAAUACUCCGGCCUCUGCCACUCGUCGAGGCGGGAUUGCAACACGGUUAUUAGCACACACUUUCGGACAACAACAACGCGCAUGACAUCGUCGGCCAACACCAUUCUCCGGCCGAGAGACAAGCAUCGAACGACACUGCGGUCAAUGUGGGCGCAACAAACGAUUCUUAGGAAUCUUUGCUAACAUGGAGGACACCAAAACAAUGCUGGCACCACCGGCGGUGUCGAAGCUUCGGGCACAUGCUGGUGGUCAGAUGGAGCGCUCUUUGAGUGCAGAUAUUCGGGAAGAGAGGGAAGACCUUCGAGAGGCUGCUGAACAGACAUUAAAUGUGAUUCUCGACUUGGGCCUGGAUGGUUGCAUUCGAUGGGUCAGUCCCUCCUGGACAGAUGUGAUCGGCACCACGCUUGAAUCCGUUCAGGGAAAGCCAAUCAAGGACCUUAUUGUUAGUGACAACAAGGAAGUUUUUGCCGAAGUUGUCGAAUCCAUCAAGAAGGACGAUUCACGAAGUCAGAUAAUCAGGUUUACCGUGCAAUUGGGCCCGGUUUCGAAACUGCUCCCGGUUGCGAUCCCGGAGCAACUGUUCGAGAAGAAUGAGGAGGGAAGCUCAGAUGUGCAGGUCGAGCCUGCGACAAUUGAUUUGGAGGGCCAGGGAAUCAUGGUUUACGAUCGGUCCUCUGGUGGAGAGAGCCAUGUAAGUUGUGAAAUAUGGUGUCGUAGAUUUUAAAACUGAUGUGACCCUAGACAAUGUGGAUGAUUCGUCCCUGGAUUGCACCACGCGAGAUUCAGAUCGACUUACCAGCCAUUAUCGUAGACUCUCUUGGGUCAGGUGCAGAAAUUUUAGCAAGCUACCUUAUCACUCUGGCAGAGGUUGGUCUUGUAGAUCCUGCAAACCAUGCUCCGCCUCUUCCUGUUCUCUGUCGUAUCUGCGAACGUCAAAUUCCGCCCUGGUGGUUCGAAAAGCAUAGUGAAUUAUGUUUACAAGAACACACAGCGGAAAUGGAGGUUCAAAUGUGCCAGGAGAAUCUGAUCGAGCAUCGACAUGCUAUUGUCAAAGUUCUGGAUGCCCUUGAAGCCCGUAGAACACGGCCCACUACAGGCGAGCAAACCGCCUUGGCCACUCCUCAAGCCGAGUAUAAGGGGAUGCCAAUUGGGCCAACAGCUUCAACCUCUUCUUCGUCUGGUACAGCUUCUCCAGGUACGCCUGCAAGGUCCCGGGACGCGUCAACCACGGGGUUUGGCCAUGCACGAGCACGUUCUUUCGCAGUUCGACGCCCUCAAGCAAGAAUUGUUGAGCUGCUUCUGGACCUGUGUGAUACCUCCAUUGAAAUCAGUACUCCGGCCAUCAAAGAGGCACCGCCACAAGCUCCUGGUGAGUUUCGAACUCAGUCGCCUCAAUCUGAGUCGAGAAUUUCUCAAGUUAUACAAUGGCAAUCGCCGAGUACCAAUACACUAGACCAAGAACAGGGCCUCGCAUUGCUUUGUGCGGACAGCGAGAGAGCAGCCAAGGCAAAAGUUGAGGCAGUCCUUCGACACCGAAGAAUCAUCGAGUACGCUGAACGCAUCCGUAUCGAAUUUUCUGUGAUUGUUCAAGAUUGUAUAGAUGAGGCUAUGCGAAAAGCUGCUAGAAUUGCCGCUGGAGUUCUCAGUAGCAGCGAGUCGGAGUCCGAGGAUGACCAACAAGAGGAGGAGCAGAAUGCCGGAAACGAAGACGCCUUCUUCACGGGGUCCUUUGAUAAUCCAUCGUCACUUGCGGCUGCUCUUCGAGAAGUCAAGUUGACCAAGAACGCCGCAGAGGGACGUCGGUCGCCAUCUGUAGCCCGUUCUGCCAGGUCAAGCAGCCCAAAGGAAUGUCCAACACCAAGGUCGCAGGGUCCAAAUGGGAUUCUCCCAUCCCACCAAGACUCUAGGCGACAGUCUCUAUUUUUCGAGAGCGAUGCUGGGGAUAGCGAUGGAAGUUUGCGAUCGUCUUCAAUCAUCUCUAGACCACCCGCCAGGACCGAAUCCCCGGUAUCAGAAUUUGGCGAUCUUCGUCGUGCAGCCAACUCACUCCAACGGAGAAGUCUGAUAAUCCCAGGCGCUAAUUCUCCUCACAGACAAGAGUCACCAGUUCGGAUUGGGCAGCCAUCUUCCCCGCUAAGGAUCACCAAGCCUCGAGGGCUCCCAAUCGCCCAUGAGGGUAUCGUAUCCCCAACAGCCUCGCCUCUGAUCCCGGGCAGCGAAUUUACUUCUCCUGCGUUGAUCCCACACCAUCAUAGACGUCAAUCCUCGGCAGCUAAUUCAGAUCCUCCUUCGAGACCACCGCCAUCUCCACGGAUGAGUGCGGUCAGUGCCCCACAAGCCAGGGCCGUUCCUCCUUCAAUCAAAGAUUUCGAGAUCAUCAAGCCCAUCAGCAAAGGAGCUUUUGGAAGUGUCUACUUGGCGAAGAAAAGGUCUACGGGUGACUACUAUGCUAUCAAAGUUCUCAAGAAAGCUGAUAUGGUGGCUAAAAAUCAGGUGACUAAUGUCAAAGCUGAGAGAGCUAUUAUGAUGUGGCAAGGGGAAAGCGAUUUUGUUGCCAAGUUGUAUUGGACUUUCUCCAGCAAGGAUUAUCUGUAUCUCGUAAUGGAAUAUCUCAAUGGUGGAGAUUGUGCAUCUCUCAUCAAGGUCCUUGGUGGCCUGCCUGAAGAAUGGGCCAAGAAAUAUCUUGGGGAGGUCAUCCUCGGCGUCGAGCACCUUCAUAAUCGAGGCAUUGUUCACCGAGAUUUGAAGCCCGACAACCUUCUGAUCGAUCAAAAAGGCCAUCUUAAGUUGACUGAUUUUGGUCUUUCGCGGAUGGGGUUGAUUGGUCGUCAGAAGCGAGUCCUCAACAGCAAUGUCAACGAAUCAGCCCCCGACUUGCUCAAACAAGGACCCUUUGCCCGCACGACUUCUAUCAGUUCUUCGAGAUCGACUUCUUUCGAUUUCCAGGGACACCACUCACCAGGUUUGACCCCACAGAUGACUCCGGACAAUGGACCCAAUACUCCUUCAUACUUCAGUCUCAGCCGCGAGAAUACCGUCAGUAAGGACAAUCGCAGGAUUUCAGGUCGAAGUGACAGUGGCAACAGCGAUUCCUUGAACCAGAUGUUCACCAGCUUCUCUCUCAACGACACCCAAGGCCAGCAAAUGAUGAAUCAAAGACGAACUCCGAUCGAGGAAACAAGCGAAAAUGAGGCUAGUGGAUCUCCGGAUUUACUUACCCUCCACCCAGUCACGAGUUAUUCAAGCAAUGGCACAGAAAACAGGAACACGCCACCGCAGCCGAGCAUGAUGCCGCCUCCAAUGGCACUAUUUGAUCCAGACGACAGCAACCGUCGGUUUGUAGGAACGCCGGAUUAUUUGGCACCCGAAACUGUUAAUGGCGUUGGUCAAGAUGAAACGAGCGAUUGGUGGUCUGUCGGAUGUAUACUGUUCGAGUUCCUGUACGGUUAUCCACCAUUUCAUGCUGGAAGCCCGGACGAAGUCUUCGAGAACAUCCUUGCUCGCAGAAUCUCUUGGCCAGAUGAUGAAGAUUUCGAUGUUUCCCGAGAAGCCAAGGAUCUGAUGAACAAGCUCUUGUGCUUAGAACCUAGCGAACGUCUUGGCGCGAACAAGGACGACAAGUUCAGUUGUGGUGGUGAUGAGAUUCGAAAUCACCCCUGGUUUGAAGGCACAGAUUGGGACAAGCUUCUAGAGGAUGAUGCGCAAUUCGUUCCUGCUCCCGAAAAUCCCGAAGACACGGAGUACUUUGAUUCUCGUGGCGCUACCCUACAAUCGUUUGCCGAAGAAUUGGAAGAUCAAACAUCACCACCAGCUUCAACUCCAGGAGCAGAGUAUCAUGAGCGUCCUCACGAUGCACUCUCACGAGUUAGGUCUCAGGUCAAUUCCAUCAAGCGCGGCCUCAUGCCUCUUCAUAUACCUCCGCACGUGCGAGACUCGAAGAGCCGCAGACUUAGUGAGCCUGUUGUAGCAGAUGAUUUUGGAAACUUUGCUUUCAAAAACUUGCCAGUCCUGGAAAAGGCAAAUAAGGAUGUCAUUCAAAAGCUUCGUGCUGAAGCCUUGGCUGCGCAGAACAAAUCAGCAGUCACAAGUCCAGUCUCCUCUGGACCCAAUCCCUGUACUUCACCUGGGCCAACACUGGAGGGCAGCCCUAUGGUACCUAUGCCGCUUCAGCGAACACUUUCAAAUGCAAAGGCUACCAAUAGACCAUCAUCACCAUCUGGACUAAGUCAAGCUAACUCUUCCCCAAGUCGAGCAUCUCAGCCGUCUUCGCCUCUCCUGGUUUCGUUCAUCGCAAGUCAGAACGCGGAAGGUAGACGCAAAACAUCUAGCAAUUCAUCAAGUCUCUCUCAUCAGUCGGGCAACUCACUGGCUCCUGGUAGUUUCUUCGAUGUACCUCGGAUGCCAGCAAGUCUCCAGAAGGCAGCUAGCUCCGCUAUAUCAUCGCCUAUCAAGGCCCGCGGCUCUGGUCCACCACCAUUGACCAUCUCACCGCAAAAGAUAACCACGCCUCGCCAGUCUAGCGGACCUUCAUCCGCCCGUGCAAGAUCACAGACAGUUGGUUCUCAAGAAGGCAGUCCAAUACCAGCCGAUGUCUUUUCCCAUCGCAAACGCAGAAGUCAAGUAUUUGAUAUGUCGCCAUCGUCGUCUGACAACGAAGGUGAUAAGGCGAAUGCGCUACUUCGUGUACAGAGACGUCGCCAGAGUUCACGACGGUUAUCUGCAAUUAACCUGCUGGAUGGCCCCCAAUUUCGCCCACUGGAUGUACUCAUUUGCGAAGACCACCCUGUUUCAAGAAUGGUUAUGGAGAAGCUUCUUGAAAAGCUGAGAUGUCGAACGAUUACUGCUACAAAUGGUCCGGAAGCAAUGCGCUAUGCUUUAAGUGAGAUCAAGUUUGACCUCAUCAUGAUGGAGUUCAAAUUGCCUCAGAUCAAUGGUGCCGAUGUUGCACGCAUGAUUCGCGACACCAAGAAUGCUAAUUCUCAGACACCAAUUGUUGCCGUCACUGGCUAUCUUAAAGAAUUGCAGGCUCCUCAUCAUUUUGAUGCUUUGAUCGAAAAGCCUCCAACCACCUCCAAGUUGACAGAAGUCAUGUGUAGGUUGUGCCAAUGGAAGGCUCCAGCUCCAGGCCAGGGUACCGCGAUUCCUCUCAGCUACACACAACCAUCAGGCUUACGCCAGGAGAGCACUCGUCUCGAGGACAGCCCAACAUCUGGUUCUUCUGGCUAUGCAAAUUUACCGGGUAGUAGCUUCAGAGGGUCAAGCAGAGGUGAUUCGAUCAGCUCUAGUUUGUUCGGCGAUUCCGAGUCUUUGAUGAAUGAGGAUGUUCCUGUUGUCAUCAGUCGAAAGGCAACUGGCGAAUGGGAUGAGCCUCCCGGUCUCGGCAUUAGUAACGAGGAGAGUUUAUUGGAAGGUCGCGAUCUUCCCAAGCAGCUACCAUUCCAUCUCCUGCAAGAGAAAUCCGCCCCUGGCAGAAUUGAACAUGGCCUGCAAAAGGUCCCUCAUCGACAGCGAUCUACAGAGAAGAUGCGAGCCAAGAGAGAAUCUAUCGAGAAGAAUCGCCAUGAAUGUGGCGAAUCCGGGGAUGACGAAGAUGAAGAUCUAGGCUCUCGUGAGAAGAGUCCUAAACAUGCAAAAGCUCAUCGCGGAUCCAAACUUGGAACUGAGAUGAUGCGUACUAACAGCCGAGGAAGUGUUGUGUCUACGUCGGACGUAGCUACAAGCGCCGAUACUGUGGAGCCACCACCUACGAUAGAAGAGUUUCCUUCGGCCUCACAGAUUUCCGGAUCGACCUUGACACCGCCAGAACUCUUCUCCUCUCCUGGUGGCAAAGUAGCUGAGAUUGAUCUUGACCAGACGCCCAAGCCAUCUUCAUCCUCGGCAUACGACUCGAUGGACGAAGAGCCCACGCCACGGGCCCCAUCGAUUGUUUCCAACUAUCCUGAUUACUUGAGCCACCGCAACAGAGAAUCUCGGUAGAGUACAGUGGGAUGCACAUUCUUGUUACACAUUUUCGGAACCUUUGUGUUCUACAUAGAACCAUUCCUUUUUUCCAUCAUCAUGACCUCAGCGCGGCGUUUAAUGGCUAUGGACCAUGGUUCCCAACGGGGAAAGGCGGGGAGUUUUUAUGCGAAUCAUUUUGGCGUUUGCUUUCGGGAGCUGGAGCGGGAUUCAUUGCUGCAUUUACAAAUACUGUGCGGAUCUACUUGACUUCCGGACCAAAAAUAUUAUCGACGCGCUGUUUACUAUUUCCUUUUUCCUUUGUUGCUUCAGUCGAUCGGGUUUUAGAAAUCAUCCACUCUACAAGGUCUACUUGCAUUCGCUUUUUUUCUUUCAUCUGCCUUUUGCUUUUUUUGCUUUCUUUCUUAUGUACAUGUUACGGAUCUCGGGGAACGGAGGCGGUGUUUGUUAGGUGAGUGGGUUGGCCGCUGGCUCCUGGCUGGUACUGGCUAGAGCGCAAAGGCGGUUGGUUGAGUGUCAGAUUAUUACAUACUCCCCAUGGGCUGGGUUCUUUCUUUUAUAUUGGAGAUUGGUUUUAGGGUGGAUUGCGUAUAACAGAGGACUAUUGUGAUGGUGUUGGUGAGAGGCGGCUGGCACGAGUAUUUGGUGGAGUGGCGGCAGAGUUUUGACACCUAUGCGCA